AUGGCAUGCCUUUGGGCGUCUGAAGAGCGUAUAAAAGCCGUGGUCCGCAAACGUAUCACUAUUAUUCGCAUUAUUGCUUUUGCUCUAACACUCGCAGAAAUGGCCUUCCGACUUGUCGUUCUUACCUGCCUGGUGGCAGUCGCCAGCGCUGGCCUGGUCCCAGCAGCUCCUCUGGCCUAUUCGGCACCCACCUACCACGGCUACCAGGCCGCCCCUGUUGCUUACGCCGCUGCACCAGUUGCCAAGCUUGCAUACGCCGCUCCCGUUGCCAAGGUAGCGGUGGAGGAGUACGACGCGCACCCUCAGUACAACUUCGCUUACGACGUGCAGGACGGUCUCACCGGGGACUCAAAGUCACAACACGAGACCCGCGACGGUGACGUCGUCCAGGGCUCCUACUCGCUGGUCGACCCCGACGGCACCAGGCGCACCGUCGACUACACUGCUGACCAGCACAACGGCUUCAACGCGGUCGUGCGUAAGGAGGCCCUCGCUGUGAAGGCUGUUGCAAAGGUUGCCACGCCUGUCGCCUACCACGCCGCCGCUCCCGUAGCCUACCACGCCGCCCUCUUGGCUUACUCCGCCCCGCUCUACCACCAC